GUUUAGACAAUGGGGAGGGGUGACGCUGAGGAUGGCCAGAUGCCUGAAAGAGUGAAGCCUCCAGAUGGUGGCUGGGGCUGGAUUGUGCUGCUGGGUUGCUUCGUCAUCACUGGCUUCUCCUAUGCCUUUCCAAAGGCAGUGAGCAUUUACUUCAAGGAGCUGAUGCAUGACUUCCAUGUGGGUUACAGUGACACGGCUUGGAUCUCAUCGAUCAUGCUAGCUAUGCUGUAUGGAACAGGGCCUGUGUGCAGUAUUAUGGUGAACCAGUUCGGCUGUCGGCCUGUGAUGCUUCUUGGAGGUCUCUUGGCUUCCUCUGGAAUGAUUUUAGCCUCCUUCACCACAAACAUUAUCGAACUGUACCUGACAGCUGGUAUGCUGACAGGUUUAGGCAUGGCUCUCAACUUUCAGCCUUCCCUGAUCAUGUUGGGGGCCUACUUUGAUAAGCGGAGGCCUUUGGCUAAUGGGCUUGCUGCAGCUGGGAGCCCAGUCUUCCUGUCAGCCCUCUCGCCACUGGGGCAGGUUUUGCUGGAGACAUUUGGGUGGCGAGGUGGCUUUCUCAUCAUGGGAGGCCUUCUGCUUAACUGCUGCACAUGUGGAGCAGUGAUGAGACCCCUGGAGAUGAGUAUGAAGUCAAGAGAGAAAGUCCAGGACAAAUAUGAAGCCAAGGAGAUGCUGCCAAUGGGAGAAAAAGCAGAUGAGGCUAUAGACAACACCAAGAAGACCAAGAAAGCCAAGCAGAAGAAGAAGCCCAAGAAAGGGAAAAAGCUGUUAGAUUUUUCAAUCUUUAAAAACCGAGGGUUUGUCAUCUAUGCCAUUGCCAAAUUCAUAAUGGUUUUGGGUCUCUUUGUGCCCCCCAUAUUACUGGUCAACUACGCCAAAGACACUGGAGUGCCAGACAAAGAGGCUGCUUUUCUGUUGUCCAUCAUUGGUUUCAUUGAUAUUUUUUCCCGUCCAUCUUGCGGGAUGUUUGCUGGACUGAAGUGGAUACGACCUCAUGUCACCUACCUGUUUAGCUUUGCCAUGCUCUUCAAUGGCCUCACCGAUAUCUUCAGUGCCAGGGCCAAUGAUUAUACAUCCCUUGUCAUCUUCUGCGUCUUCUUUGGCAUCUCCUAUGGAAUGGUGGGGGCACUGCAGUUUGAAGUGCUCAUGGCUAUCAUUGGGUCACAGAAGUUCUCCAGUGCCAUUGGGCUUGUCUUGCUAAUUGAGGCCUUUGCUGUGCUUAUUGGACCACCUUCUGCAGGGCGAUUGGUGGAUGCACUUAAGAGGUAUGAGGUUAUCUUCUACCUGGCUGGCUCAGAGGUUGUACUAUCUGCUCUCUUCUUGGCUAUUGCUUCCUACUGUUGCCUGAGCAGAGGGAAAAAGAAGAGCCCUCAACCAGAGGAGAAUCCUCCUGGAGGUGGAGGUGGGAGUGAAACAGAGGAAGCAGAAUCGGACAUACAGGAAGGAGAGGAUCAACCUGACGACCAUCACCACCUAUCUCACAGCAUCAACAAUGCCGGGAGUGAUGCAGUGAAUCACAUUGCAGAAAACAGGAAUACAGAUGGAGCUGGGCAGCCAGAAAGGGAGGGUGAAGGUUUGGUACCAAGUGGCUGCAAUGUUGUUCACACAGUGGAAAGAAACAGUUUUUAA